GAGAGCGGUCGCCUCCCAGGAAGGUAAACAAAGAGCGCCUGACACAGUGACUCAGUUGUCUGGACCACCUGAAGGAGAGUCGACCCCGGGCGGCACACAAGACAAGUUGAGGCGAGAACCGGUUCCGCCAGCACUCCCUGGAGGAGGCUCGAACCCGCGGAGUCGCAGACGAGGAGGCGCUACCAUGCCGGAGUGUUGUGGUGCCCUGGGGGAGAGCGUGCCCGCCCUCUGUGACAACUGGGACCCUGGCGAGAGGCGCAACUUCCUGGCCUCUGUGGCCUCAGGGGCUAUGUUUGCCCUGGGCUGGUGGUUCGUGAUCGAUGCUGCUGCACGCUAUCCCAGCAACGAAGACUUCAAUCAUGCAUAUCAUGUGUGUGGAGUGGUUGCUACACUCGCCAUGCUCAUGGUGAACACAGUUAGCAAUGGGCAGGUGCGUGGAGACAUGUACACAGACGGGUGCGUUGGACCCUACGGGGCACGUAUAUGGCUCUUCCUUGGACUCAUGCUCAGUUUUGGCUCUCUCAUUGCUGCAUGUUGGAUCCUGUUUGGUGGUUACGUCAUCCCAAAGGCACCAGUGCAGUGGCCAGGCGUUGCCAUCUUCCUACAGAACAUGUUCAUCUUCUUUGGAUCAAUAAUCUUCAAGAUUGGUCGUUCUGAGGAGAACUGGGGCUGAUGGGUCACUACCAACUUUAUUAUUAGCAAUAUCGGCAACUCCACGGAAAACUGUGGCCGAAUAUCCAUUGUUGGGAGUGAAAAACACUCCCAUGCAGAAAAAAGCAUCUAUUCUUAAUACAGUACAUAGUUUAUAAGUUUACGUAACUUUGUAUCUUCAGGCUCCCUAUCUGCGCUUGUAUUUCAUCAAAGAUGAUGAUGUUUGUAAUUGCUUUAGAUAUUUUUAUCCAAUUAGUACAUGUAAGGAUUUGUAUGUAAUAGUUAUGGAUAUGUUCUUUUCCAGUUAAUACAUAUAAAGUACAGUUAA